UUGUACAAUCCAGUCAGCUUCGUUUUUUCGACCGUCUACCAUGCAGCUGUUAAAAUCAGUUUCUGUUACAGUCAGUCUUUUACUGAUUAGCUCAGUUUGUUUUGUUAAAGGAGAUGACUCUGCAUGUUGGGCAGCAGGUGGAAGAUGUCAAUAUACUUCAGAGUCUUGUUUCUCCUACAGAACUGGAUUGUGUGCUGGUCCCGCGAACCGGAAGUGCUGUGUUAGUGGAUCGGAUUUGCGUUGCUGGAGAAUAGGUGGAAUCUGUAAAAACAACUGGAACUCCUGCAGCGGAGGUUACAUCAAGGGACUGUGUGGUGGAGGCUUGUCAAGACAAUGUUGUGCUUAAAACAACGGCGGCAGAAUUUUUAAAAAUAAAUCAAACAUAUCUUAAAAUGUUUCUCUUUAAUUCAGAAUAUAAAUUAUUUUGUACGGACCCUUUAACAUUGUAUAUUACAUUUUUAAAUUCAUAUAAUAAAUAAAGACAUUAUUUAUCUUUA